GUGGUCUUUGCAGGCAACCACCGCGAUCCUGAACUUGAGCUUUCCAGUCCUUGACUUUUAUCAACCUUUAUCUUUGUUUCCGUAGCUGGUGCACUUGGGUGAAAUGGGUGCAGGUCAAUCAACCGCUUCGCAGGCACAUUCGUCUCGUGCUCUCCAUGUCUUACGUGUCACUCCGUCCUCGCCCGCAUCUCAAACAUCCAUCGAGCCUUUCUUCGACUUCAUCAUCGGCUUCGAAGGGGAUUCGUUCAUAAGUCACAAUGAUAUCGACGUUGCGGAGUUGGAGACUAUUGUCGAGAAGCAUGAAAACAGGACAUUGAAUCUGCUGGUCUGGAAUAAUAAAACUCGGCAAACUCGAGUGCUACCAAUUGUCCCAUCUCGCACGUGGUCGCUCGCACGCGAUGGUGCUUCUGGCACAAAAGAUCCAGAGGCAGCACCUCAGCCAUCUUUACUCGGUUUAAGUAUGCGUAUGUGUGAAUUCGAAUCUGCAACAGACAAUGUCUGGCACGUGUUGGAAGUGCUUGAAGGGAGUCCAGCCGAAAGUGCGGGGCUUGUUCCAUACGGUGACUGGAUCAUCGGGUGGUCCGGCGGCGUUUUGAGUGCAGAGAAUGACUUCUACGACGUGGUUGAAUCUCAUGUUGACAAGCCACUAAGGGUCUACGUGUAUUCACACGAUUUCGAUAACCUAAGGGAGGUUGUUCUCGUGCCUAACCGCCAGUGGGGUGGUGAGGGAUUGUUGGGUUGCGUGUUUGGGUAUGGACUUCUACACCGAAUUCCCCCGCGGACGUCAGAUCAUCAGCCAGACACAACUUAUCCUGGUUCACGGCAGUCACUACACGAGUAUGAAGAGCAGGAUCUAUUUGUUCCUGCUGACGGAUCGCAAGAUCCUUACGCGGCAUUCUCAGUAAGAGGGGACGAGAACUCCAACCAGUAUCUCGCCCAGAGUGGAUUGGCACAAAAUGAUCCCGAAAACUAUUAUCACUCGUCUGAGGGUGGCGAGAAUUCGAACCACCCCACGCCCUUGGCAGGUUACACAACAUCAAAUCACAACACGCCAUCUUUGGAGCCAAGUGAACAAACACCAACCAGGGCCCGUCAACUUGGCCAUCCCAUGAACGGGGUGACAGGGACGUAUUCCCUCGCAACUCCAAGAUCGCUUUCCUUAGACGCUAGCUACGUUAUCCCUAGAGGAGGUUAUACAAUGAGUGACAUCGACGAUGACAGCGAUGGAGAUGAUGGAGGAGCGAGUGUAUCUGGCACGGAAACGACAGACUAUGGUAGUCUCACUAGUGUGGAGUAAAGUAUGGUAUAGCCUGUUUAAGAUUUAUUUUCCGGGAGUAGUUCAUCUACAGUGGGAUGGAUGGGAUUCUUCGAUUUACAAUCCACAUAAUAUUGCACUCGAUUGUGAUUAUACAUUUCAAAUGAUAUACUGGUCGUUCUGGUU